CAAAUCAAUUAUUUGAACCCCCUCUGGUCCCAAUCUCUCAGUUGCGCUGCCACGUGGAAGAUCAACGCAAGAUUUUACGCUUUCGUCUUGUUUUGAGUAGUUUGUUUGUUUGCUUGUUUGUCAGUAUAUCAAAGAAUUGGGAGAAUGACGGCGAUGCUGACAACACCGCGUUGGCCGAUGUGAGUGCGCUCUUUGGUACAGUUUCGCGCCAACCGUGACGUCGUUGUCUGACGUCUGGACAACGUUCACUGCUGUGGAGAGGAGUUUACACGAGUGUCAGUUUGAACUUCGUUUCCUGUUGCUUACCUCUACCAUGUCAUCUCACUCGGAAUACGACCGAUAUAUUACCCGCAAUAUGACCAAACUUGUUCAAGGCCUACGCACGUCAGAGCUAAUAGACGAUUUAGUGUCUGAAGGUCUCGCAAGUCUAGAGGACGGUCGUAAGUUGAGCAAGUGUGAAACAGAGCAAGAACGAGCUAGACUGCUUCUCUACCAUGUAUUGCCAUACAAGGGAGAUAAUGUCGUGGAUCGGUUUUGUAAGGUUCUCAAGGCAGCAGGACACGUAGAUAUUGUGACAGACGUGAUGGGGAGAGGUGUGGUCUCGACAGACCAGGCUGACCAGCCAGCACAGCAACAACAGCCCGUACAACAAUCUCAAUCUAAUCAGCAGAGUGAUGAAAUCAAACAAAAAGAAAAUAGUGCGACAGAAAGUAUGCAGGAAGAAAGAAUGACAGCAUCUGCCAAAGACACUUUCAUGAAAGAAGGGGAAGAACCAAUACAGGAGGAAGUUGGGAAUACUAGUAGAUCAACGGUAGAAGCAACCGCAAGUUCACUGGAAGAGAUGGAUUCCCAAUGGGAGGAACAGUUGAAACACUGUAGUGCAGAUGUUAUAGCUGCACUUCGCCCAACCUUGCUUUUGGAUCAUCUUCGAGCUUUCAAGUUACUUUCUCCAGAUGAACACAGAGAACUGCAGCAAAUGCCAUCUGAAGCUGAACGAUCAGAGAGGCUUGUAAGUACUAUUCUUCCUCAAAAGGGAAAGGGAUCAUUUAAUACAUUUUGUCACAUUCUUUGUUGUGUGGAGAAGCAAAACCAUAUUGUAAGUAAAAUUCUUAAAGUACAUAAUGUAUCCUUGUCUCCUAUACAUGUGGAAAAGAUCAGUCACCCUGACAGCUAUGAGCCACCUAGAAAGAAACAACAUGUGGAAGGUUUCACUGAUUUAGGCUCAACCUCAUCUCAGCCUAGAGAAUUGUGUGAUCAUGAAAGAAAUCGAAGUGCAACGCUUUACUUCAAGAAGAAAGAUGAGGAGACUGUGAAGCCCUUUGAGGCACGUAUUAAAGAACUGUGUCAAGCAUGUUUUAAGAUACCACAAGACAGGGUCUUGUUCUUCUACACUCUUCCACCGGCUGGUCAAAGGGUCAUAUUCUAUGGUGACUCAGUCUACAAGCCUGCUGUACUGCACCUGGACCAGGUGUCACCAGAUCUUGUGGAAAAGGAAAAGAGUCGCUUAGUUUCAUUUGUUGCUAAUCUAAUACAAGUGACAAAGGAUGGCAUUUACUUCACGGAAGUGGUUAAAAGCUCAUGUCUGGUUUUGUUUCAAAUGCGAUUGGAUGUCUACCUUAGACUGUUUUCUGCACUGACAAUGGAAGCUCAAUGUAUUGCAUUUCAUCAGUCAUUGAAGCAAACAUUUCCGGAGCUAGUUGUGGCCAAGUUCAGGCUAGGUGGUUUACCGCCGAUUGAAGUUAUCAGCACGGAAAGAAUUUUGAAGGAAGAAGGAAGUGCAACGAAAAUGUUACAGAUAAACCAGAUGACUAUGUCAUCACUGUCAGCAAUUGCUUUGCCAUUGAAGCGCUUGAAGAAACAGGUGAAUGGUUUGUUUGAAGUUGUUGAUGGUUUGACUGAUGAUCUGAUGAGUCAUGAUCGUCAGGUUAAGAUAGUAUUAGAUGCAACAAACGCAAGCAAACAGAACACAGUAGUAUUGGAUGAACUUGUAAAUAACAGAAUUGAUUGUGCAGUGCAGAUUAAAACAGAUCAGAAGUCUAUUGCGGCAUGUUUUACAAGAAUGAAAGUGAGAGAGGACAGCAGUACAAAAGAUGUCUAUGACAAUCUUGACGUGAUUAAAGGUUUUCAAGAAAACAUAGAGAUGAAACUAUCACAGAGACCACAAUUGGCACAGUUAACUUCAUACAGUCACACAUUGAUAGAAGGAUUGGGAACAAGAGUAGCCAAUCUCAAGCUUGCGAGGAAAAAGGCUAAGACAGAUCCAGUGGUUAAAUGGUCAAUUGGUGUGUUUCAGGAUGAUUCUAUGGCAGCAAAAGAUGAUGCAGUUAAGGUGUGUAUCUACUAA